AUGUCAACGACGGAAUCCGCCACCUGUCGUCCUCCCACGACUACUCAAUCAACUACAGCACAAGAGACCACAACGAUGCCUACUACGGAAGCCACCACCUCCCAUCCUACAACUACUAUCCAAUCAACUACAACACAAGACACCUCAACGAUGUCCAUCACGGAAGCCACCACCUCACACCCUACCACAACGACUCAAUCAACUACUACACAAGAGACCACAACAAUGUCUCCGUUUGAAUCCACCACCUCACACCCUACCGCAACGACUCAAUCAACUACUACACAAGACACCGAGACCAUGUCUACGACGGACUCAACCACAUCACGUACCACAACAUCUAUUCAAUCGACUGCAAAGAUCUUCGUGACAGAUAAAGAUGUGAACAAGAUUUAUGUUGCAGAUCUUCAAGAAAACCUAAACUUCACUGACAUUCCAUCCACUAAAGAACCCCGUUAUAUUACCUAUGACUCCGUGGAGAAGAAGAUCUACUGGACUGACAGGGAGACAAAACAAGUUUAUCGUGCUGAUGCGGAUGGUGGAGACAGGGAGAAUGUCACUUCUGGAAGCAGUGAUGGUAUGAUGUAUUCACGUAGUCGUAUAAACAUGAAUCUUGAUAAAUAG